AUAGACCAUUAGCUUAAAAGCCAAUAUUAUCAAUAAUAUCAGAAGAAUGACAUUAAGCAAUUUCCUUGGGCGGAAGGUGUUGUGUCAGUAGAUAUAACAUGUAUUCGGGGAAAUGGAAGAACCCACUAGGUGGGUUCCCAGCGACAUUGCAUCAUGAGAAACUUGUAGAUAUGUCCUACAUUCAGAGAAAUUGAACUCAGUUGUACCUAGCAACGAUCUCGCUCUUCUUUAAUCGUCACUAUUAAACCCCGAAGUACAAAAUGACGGUUACAAUAGUUCGAUGAGCCACACAAUUUUUGUGGAUUAGGUUGUCCAACGAAUCAAUAGACCAUUAGCUGAUAAGUCAUUUGGGAUAAUAUGGAUAGAAAGAACGAGCAGUAAUGGAAAAGAGUAAUAUUGUCAUUCUUCUUUCAUCAUUAUUUUAGAGACGAACCAGCCAAGGGCUGAAAGUCUCUUUAAUAAAGACAAAUCAAUCAAUCAAUCAAUCCAUCAUUAUUUUGAUAAAGAUCAAAGCAAAGAAUCGCCAAGGGGUGGUGGGGGUAAAGUGGACAACUUAAGCAUUUUGGUCGUUUCCCGCGGAAAUGCGGCAAAAUUCAUCUGCUUUUCCGAGUAACAUGGAAGGUAAUGAUUAGCGUGGUUCAAAAAAUCGUUUUUGCUCCACACCGCUUAUUCGAUUCCUAACCAGAUUAAGGUGAAACGGGACGCCGUGUUAUUUUUCCUAUCUUGCCUCUCUUUCUAACAAUUUGCCUCGCGAUUUUGAAGAUGAUAAUCUCGAGUUCUAUUGCACUGAAGAUGAUGAAAAACAAUCAGCAUGUGCAGUGCAAGUGAGCAUACACAAUGAUAGGUUUUUGUUGCAAAAUAUGAAGUAGAAUCUGAGAUUACCAUCUUAAUAGCAACAGAGCUGUUACCAACUGGCAUCACUGGCCCCUUGAUCUUUUCGGCAGGCCCUUUGACAGCUGUCAUUAGGGAGAAGCUUGUCAAAAUCUAUUGUCGCAUUGACAAGCAGCGGAAAGAAACGUGCAAGGUGAAAUUGGAUUUGCUAAACCUAUUAAAACUAAAUUUGUUGAACUUAAUCUAAAAUUUGUAUUGUAGCUAAAAUUUGGAUUCAAGAUUAUCGUUAAAUUGAACUACACAUAAAACUAAAACUAUUGUAUCACAAAUAUAUCACAGUAAGUUGUUCCUUAAAACUAGUUACAUCGACUUAACCUAGAAUUAUAACACAGAUUGUGACAAACACACCAACUACACAAAGGACAAAACGUUGAGGCAAAAGCGAAGAACUAAAACGCUCGAAACCGAAAAUUGUGAGUAUUAUAAGACAUGGUAGAAUUGUGAAUACAACAAAUAUAUUUCCAGCUAAAAGCUGUUUUCGCACCAACCUAAUCGAGUUGCGAGCUGCUGAAAGAAACGGCCCAGAGCUUCUUGUUCUCCGGAACAAAACCUUUUAGAAUUUUCGCCAUGGCCUCUGCGGACAAUGGAGCACCGAAGGAACCGGUGGAAAAUGAAAAACAGGGUAGUUGUGCCUAUUGCAACAGACCUGACUCCUACGACAACUACGUUCAGUGUGACCGCUGUCAUGCCUGGUGGCAUUAUUUGUGCGCUGGCGUAAAUGACUCAGUAGCCGACCGGUCGUUCACGUGUGAAGCUUGUUCCCCCGUCAGUGUGUCAUCUCGCGCAUCCUCAUCUAGCAGCAGGGUAGCAGCGAUGCAAAUUCGCCUGCGGGCAAUGGAAGAACAGUUUAAAAAGGCUCGGCAGGAGCUCGAGAAUGAACGACAAGCAUUCGAAAAGGAGAGGAAAUUACUACAUCAAGAAAAGGUAAACGACCGCCGUGACGAUCAACGGACCGCCGAAUGGGUCGAGGCACACGGCGGAUACGGGACUAGCGCCAAAGGUCAAACAGCCGACCGGGAAGCAGCUGCAGCUACCGACCCACAUCGCCAGGGAAAUGUACAGGACGUAACCUCCCUCAACCCAGCCGCUAUUUCUUCCGCAAUGCAAGCGGCAAUCAACGCAGCGGUACAAGCGGCUGUGCAAGCGGCAUUCCAAACGGCCAAUCCUACUCGGAUUCAUCAGCAACCGUCUGGUUCCGAAGCGCCGCCUCGAUAUACGGGAGCGGUUCCUAAAUCGAAGCCCAAAGAUCUCUCUUCUACCAGGAUUGGGAAUGAUGAAGUAGGUAGCCUACAAAAAGGUAAACAAGAUACUCCUCUCCCCCCCGAAAAACCAUCAGGUAAGUCGCUCAAAAAUCAAACUCUCACCUCAAAUUACGAUCAGUGGAUCCAAGAAAUUACGAAAAGGUUCGGCAAUACCAACCUAGGCCACCCUACGGCCCCUGAAAUGCCUUCCGUUGGAACUGUCCCUUUGCAACCAGGGCAGCCGGCGAAAUCCAUUCAAAUUUCUACUUCGGAAUGGAACAAAGUUACCAAUGAUGUGCCAAAACUUGAUGCCACUCUUGGCACUGGCCCAAAUUUCAAUAAUUUGAACCUUCCAACUCAGGCAAACGUAUACCCAGUCUCUGUCAAUGCCUUGGGAUCCUUGGGUACGCCGUCAUACAUUCCCACCCCCUCGCAGCUAGCCGCAAGGCAAGUGAUGCCCCGCGAUUUACCGUCGUUCAAUGGUGACCCCGCGGAUUGGCCCAUGUUCAUAAGUAGUUUUGUCAAUACAACGCUCGCGUGUGGUUAUACCAGUGCAGAAAAUCUUGCUCGUUUGCAACGGAGUUUAAAAGGUGAUGCGUAUGAGGCUGUCAGGAGCCGCCUGUUGCUUCCGGAUACUGUUCCCCAGGUGCUAAACACGUUGCAGUUACUGUAUGGACGUCCGGAGCUGCUGAUAAAUGCGCUUCUUCAGAAGGUUCGAUCGGUUCCAGCCCCGAAAGCAGAAAAACUCGAGACGCUAAUAGAGUUCGGUAUGGCCGUUCAAAGUCUUUGCGACCAUCUGGAAGCGGCUGGUCAGCAUACUCAUCUCUCUAAUCCAACGCUGCUGAUGGAGUUAGUAGAGAAGCUCCCUGCCCACACGAAAAUGGAGUGGGCAUCCUUUCUGCAAAGAUGCCCGGAGGUGAACCUGCAGAGCUUUGGUGUGUUCAUGUCGUCGAUCGUGAUUUCAGCCACAAAAGUGACGGGUUAUGCUGCCGGACUUAAACCGAGUACAUCGGACAAGUACAAAGGGAAGCCAAAAGGAUUCAUCAACGCCCAUGACGGAAACGGAGAAGAAAAGGUGCAAGAAGAUAGAGUGUGUUGUGUAUGUGACGAAUCAGGGCAUCGUGUGACAGAAUGUGAAUUAUUCAGAUCAUUUUCCGUGGACGGCCGAUGGAAGUGCGUGCAGUCCAACGGACUGUGCCGUAACUGUUUGAACGCUCAUGGGAGGAGAAGCUGCCGCUACAGCAGAUGUUGUGGAGUCGGAGGGUGUGAGUUUCGUCAUCAUCCUCUCCUGCACUCGGAUCGAAGCACCAGGACGUCAUAUGAUGGAACGCCCAAGGGAACCGCAAGCAACAACACUCAUCGACCCGCGAAGCAAUCUACGUUAUUCCGCAUUGUUCCUGUUACGCUCUACGGCCCGAAAACUUCAGUCAAGACCUACGCAUUUCUCGAUGACGGCUCGUCAUUCACGCUUGUCGAGGAAGAGCUUAUAAAUGAACUAGGAAUUAGGGGAUCAUCGAUGCCUCUUUGUCUGACGUGGACCGCUAACAUGACACGAUCAGAAUCCAACUCGGAGGUAGUACACCUAUCGAUAACUGGUACGGGUGACAAGAAACGGAUGGAAAUGAUUGCCCAUACAGUGCAGAAUCUUGGUCUUGCUAGUCAGAACUUAAAUUAUGGCGAUCUCGUCAAGAGGUUCCAGCACCUUAAAGGUCUGCCGAUAACCAGUUACAAGAAUGCUGUACCGCGGUUGUUAGUGGGCGUGGACAACUUAAAUUUGACUGUGCCGCUGAACAUGAAAGAAGGUGGAAGAUACGAGCCGGUUGCGGUGAAGACCCGAUUAGGAUGGUGCAUCUACGGAGGAGAAGACCACAGUUCAUCGUCGAAUGUGGUGAAUGUGCACACUUGUUCUUGUGUAGGGGAUCGAGAAUUACAUAAUCUGGUGAAGGAAUACUUUACCGUGGAAGACGUUGGGGCGAAAUCAGAGGUGGCGUUGGAAUCAACAGACGAUCAAAGGGCCCGGAUGAUUCUCCAGGAAACCACAAAAAAGGUAGACGGGCGAUACCAAACAGGGCUUCUGUGGAAGUACGACAGAAUCGAGUUCCCUGAUAGUUUUAAUAUGGCGUUGAAGAGACUCGAAUGCCUCGAGAGGAGGAUGAAUCGUGACCCGAAACUGAAAGAAAACAUCCACCGCCAACUAGUGGAGUAUCAAGCUAAAGGUUACGCAAGGGCAGCAACUCAAGCUGAACUCGAUCGUGCUGAUCCCAGGCGGGUAUGGUAUCUGCCACUGGGAGCAGUAGUUAAUCCCAAAAAACCGGGCAAAGUAAGGCUCAUAUGGGAUGCUGCUGCCAGUGUUGAGGGGAUAUCACUGAAUUCCCUUCUAUUGAAAGGACCAGAUCAGUUGGCGUCGUUGUCGGCGGUUCUGUCAAGAUUUCGGCAGUUCUCGAUUGGCGUUUCAGCCGAUAUAAAAGAAAUGUUUCACCAGAUUGAAAUAUGCGAAACAGAUAGGCAUUCCCAGCGAUUUUUGUGGCGGACAGAUCCCUCCAGGCCGCCUACAAUCUUUCUUAUGAACGUAGCAACCUUUGGGUCAUCAUCAUCGCCAGCUUCAGCACAAUUUGUAAAAAACAAGAAUGCGGAAGAGUUUGCCGAUCGUUAUCCGAAGGCAGUCCGGGCAAUCGUAGACAACCAUUAUGUAGACGACUACCUGGAUAGUUUCGAGAAUGAAGAGGAAGCGCUACGAGUAUCACAGGAAGUUAGGAUGAUCCACAGCCGAGGAGGAUUCCAGUUAAGAAAUUGGCUCACCAACGGAAAACAGGUUCUGGAAGGUCUGGGAGAAAGCAGCACAGAUGAAACCAAAAAUUUGUUCCUGGACAAAGGAUCGGAAUGCGAACGCGUAUUGGGAAUGCUAUGGAAUACGAGAGAUGAUGUUCUGUGCUAUUCUACUGAACUGAAAGAAGAUAUACAACAACUGAUGGACAGCAACGUACAACCUACCAAAAGACAAAUGUUGAGAUGCCUCAUGAGCUUUUUCGACCCACUGGGUCUACUCAGUGCGGUCUUAGUGCAUGGCAGAAUCCUCCUUCAGGAUGUUUGGCGAGUUGGAACGCAGUGGGAUGAGCCCGUUGGUGACGACAUCUGGAAUCGCUGGAUGAAAUGGAUCAAUGCGGUGAAAACAAUCGACCAAAUUAGAAUACCUCGCUGUUACUUUCGGCAAGCUACCAUGAGUAGCUAUGAAGAACUACAACUCCACAUAUUUGUUGAUGCAAGUGAGCUUGCCUACUCGGCAGUCGCUUACUUCCGAAUAGUAACAGCAAGCACAAUGCCGGAUUGCGCCCUGGUUGCGGCCAAAGCCAAGGUUGCACCCCUGAAACCUCUAUCAGUACCAAGACUAGAACUACAAGCAGCGGUAUUGGGAGCAAGGCUGAUGCGAUUCGUUAUCGACACGCACACGAUAACUACUACGAAACGAUUUCUAUGGAGUGAUUCUUCGACUGUUCUGGCUUGGAUACAUGCAGAUCACCGGCGUUACAAGCAAUUCGUAGCCUGCAGGAUCGGAGAGAUUCUUACGCUGACUGAUGCAGAUGAAUGGAGGUGGGUGCCUACGAAGAUUAAUCCAGCAGAUGCGGCUACAAAGUGGGGUAAAGGACCUUGCAUGCAAGCAGAAAGUGAGUGGUUCAAAGGGCCGGAAUUUCUACGCAGACCCGAGAAGGAAUGGCCCAGUUCGAAGUUCAUCUCUACGACUACUGCAACAGAAGAAGAACUCCGUCCGUGUCACGUUCAUCGUGAGGUCGUUGUACCUGGAUUAGAAAUCGAUUAUCAACGAUUCUCUAAGUGGGAGCGUGUGCUGCGGACUGUGGCUUAUGCCCUGCGAUUCACCAAUAAUCUUAAACUGAAGUGCAGCGGUGUACCAAUACGUCAAGGAAUACUCACCAAGGAGGAACUACAGGAAGCGCAAAUCACACUUUUCCGAUCGGUGCAGUGGCAAGUGUUUCCGGACGAAAUGGCAGCAUUGGCAGCUGAUCGAAGAUCCCCAAUAAAACCAUCAAGCGAUCUUCACUCGUUAUGUCCAUACCUGGAUCAGCAAGGGCUUCUACGAGUGGAUAGUCGUAUUAAAACAGCUAACAAGGUGGCACUAUCUAUGAAGUUCCCCAUCAUACUUCCACCAAAACAUCGGCUGACACUACUACUAAUCGACGAAUACCAUCGUAAAUACCGUCACGCUAAUUUUGAGACUGUUGUUAACGAAGUACGUCAACGCUUCCACGUAUCGCGAUUGCGCCCUACGGUUAAAAAGGUGACCCAAAAUUGCCUGCGGUGCAGAAUCGACAAAGCGAAGCCCUGUAUUCCUCGGAUGGCUCCUCUGCCGCCAGCAAGACUUGCUGCAUAUGUCCGCCCUUUCUCCUACGUAGGACUUGACUUUUUUGGUCCAUUUUUGGUCAAAUUUGGACGAAGCAACGUCAAGAGAUGGAUCGCCUUAUUCACCUGCCUUACAAUACGGGCGGUUCAUGUAGAAGUGGUGUGCAGCUUAACGACAAAUUCCUGCAUUGAAUGUGUACGACGCUUCAUAUGCCGACGAGGAGAUCCCCUGGAGAUCUACUCGGAUAAUGGAACCAAUUUCCGAGGGGCGGCUCGACUGCUGAAUGAACAGAAGAAGGAGAUCUCGAUUAUAAAUGAGAACCUUGCAGGUGCAUUUACAAGUACAACCACGAAAUGGCUGUUCAUCCCUCCCGCAGCACCUCAUAUGGGUGGCGCGUGGGAGCGCAUGGUGCGCUCCGUAAAGACGGCUAUGUUUGCUGCUUAUGACGGCAAUCGAAAACUGACGGACGAAGGAUUGCAAACCCUGGUUAUUGAGGCUGAGUCCAUAGUGAAUAGCCGCCCGUUGACGUAUCUACCUCUGGAAUCUGCGGAGAGCGAGGCUCUUACUCCUAACCAUUUUCUUUUGCCGCUGAAGAACAUCGAAUGUAAGGACUUCGCUGCAGAUACGACAUCGGAAAAACAUAAGCAAACCGCAGCAGCGGUUGAAGCAACAUGGAACGCAACUCAACAGCAUUUGAACACCUACUGGAAACGUUGGAUCAGAGAGUACCUGCCGACGUUGACCAAACGAACCAAGUGGUUUGGUGAACAGAAAGCUAUCGAGGUAGGAGAUCUCGUCUUGGUAAUCGACGGUACUACACGGAACGAAUGGAUCCGCGGGCGUGUCAAGGAAGUAGUUGCUGGGAGUGAUCAACGGAUUCGUCAAGCCAUAGUACAAACUGCGAGGGGGUUGAUGAGAAGGCCUGUGUCCAAAUUGGCGGUCUUGGAGGUGAGAGAGAGUGGCUAAAAUGGGUAAAACUGAUCCGAUGGCCAGUUUUACGGGGGGGGAGGAUGUUACCAACUGGCAUCACUGGCCCCUUGAUCUUUUCGGCAGGCCCUUUGACAGCUGUCAUUAGGGAGAAGCUUGUCAAAAUCUAUUGUCGCAUUGACAAGCAGCGGAAAGAAACGUGCAAGGUGAAAUUGGAUUUGCUAAACCUAUUAAAACUAAAUUUGUUGAACUUAAUCUAAAAUUUGUAUUGUAGCUAAAAUUUGGAUUCAAGAUUAUCGUUAAAUUGAACCACACAUAAAACUAAAACUAUUGUAUCACAAAUAUAUCACAGUAAGUUGUUCCUUAAAACUAGUUACAUCGACUUAACCUAGAAUUAUAACACAGAUUGUGACAAACACACCAACUACACAAAGGACAAAACGUUGAGGCAAAAGCGAAGAACUAAAACGCUCGAAACCGAAAAUUGUGAGUAUUAUAAGACAUGGUAGAAUUGUGAAUACAACAAAUAUAUUUCCAGCUAAAAGCUGUUUUCGCACCAACCUAAUCGAGUUGCGAGCUGCUGAAAGAAACGGCCCAGAGCUUCUUGUUCUCCGGAACAAGAGC